GUUGCUUUCACGAGUUGUAUCCACACUUUUUUCGGGUUGUGCUCUUGGCGCAGCAGAGAGUGUACAUUGAAGCUCCAUCAAAAAAAUUGUCACCUCUCGUACUUGGUGCAUAUUCCCCCAAUUAAUUACAUAAACUGUUUUCAAGCAAUGUCGUAUUCAAGUUUGAAUGUCUCUUGGUCUCCUAACACGCCCGUAUCUGAUGAAUAUGUACACAAAAAGCAGCUUGUGAAGUUCAAAUCCUGUGUGUGUAAAAUGGCCUUAUCCGUGUUUGCGAACAUAUAUGCUGGCAGGUUGAGGCACAAGGGUAGUGCGACUCAUAUUUAACGGCGGAAGGGGAAAGAAGUGUAUCUAUUUACCAAGCUUCGAGAUUUUAUACAUAGGUGGUCUCGUAAUGUCCGAUUUGGGAAGCGGAGAUGAUGGCAUCUCAGGAUCAAAAUAUAAUAUUGCAAAUAUGGAAGGUUCCUCAAGUAGGAACGAGUUCGAUUCUUCUGCAAAAGGAGGAAGCGGAGUAGAACAAGAAUUGGCAACGAAAAUGCUUCAAAUACAAUCUAAACGAUUUUAUUUGGAUGUAAAACAAAACAGGAGAGGCCGUUUUAUAAAGGUUGCAGAGAUUGGCGCCGAUGGUAGACGAAGCCAAAUUUAUUUGGCACUUUCAACUGCAGCCGAAUUUCGUGAUCAUUUGUCCUCAUUUAGCGAUUACUAUGCUUCUCUAGGUCCACCAAACACUGACAAUUUACCGGAAGAUGGUAAACUUAAAUCUGAAAUGAUGAUAAAAGAUUAUCGAAGAUAUUACUUGGACUUAAAGGAAAAUGCGCGUGGCCGAUUUUUACGGGUAUCGCAAACAAUAACAAGAGGGGGGCCUAGAUCUCAAAUCGCUUUACCGGCUCAAGGCAUGAUCGAGUUUCGUGAUGCUCUUACAGAUUUGUUAGAAGAGUUUGGAGCAAAUGAUGGAGGCAGGUUUAAAGGAGAUUUACCUGAAGAACGCCAUAUGAAGGUGGAUAAUAAAAAUUUUUAUUUUGAUAUCGGUCAAAAUAAUCGAGGAGUUUACAUGCGAAUAAGCGAAGUUAAAAAUAACUUCCGCACUUCAAUAACUAUUCCGGAGAAAUGCUGGAUACGCUUUCGAGAUAUUUUUAAUGAUUAUUGCGACAAAAUGAAAAAAUCGUCCGACUCAAUUACUGCCGAAAUUAAUUUACCGACAUCGUCAAAUAGUCUUAAAUAAACAACAUACCGUGAUUUAUGCCGUCAUAUAAAAAGGCGCAAAAAAAUAAUAAAUGUCGAUUGACCAACCAAUAUAUGUUUGUAAUGUCUGACAUAACUAAACUCAAAGUCAUGCGACUAAUUAAGCUUAAAUGACACACAAAUAUAUUUAUUUUGUAGCAUUUAGCGACAUAUGUUUUAGUAUUAUAUAAUUUUGUAAUGAAAGAACAUAAAUUAGUUAGAGUUACAUUAGAGAAAAUUAAAUCCCAACAUCUAUUAUUAAUUAUAUUGUCCUCCUUUGGCUGAAAGUUCGCCUUUUACUUAGUACAAGUAAUUUUUAAUUUAUUCAUUGAAUUAUAUGCUUUCCGCUUACAAGUGGUAAUUGGAACAGCCUUUUUUACCUUCUCUGCCUUCGGAGCUUGCAAAAUAUUCCCGUCAACAGAUUUAUAUUUGUCACAGCUUUUUAAUGUAAUAUUAUUUUAAUUUAACUGAAAUGAGGAACAAAAUUAAUUUUCUUUCUAAAUUUUGUAUGCAAUGACCUCUUUUUUCAUUUGAAAUUAAAAUCAAAAUUAAAAAUUCAAGUACCAAUACACGGAGUAAACGGAAAAAUAGGAGAACUAGUCAGUAACAAUUUAAUCAAAACACUUUAAUCAUUUUCAAUUGAACAUUACAUUGUUAUUAUAUUAGUUAAAAUACAACUGAAACUUACUUUUAAAUUAAAAUUUAUUAUUUGUGCCACGAAAAGUACUUUUAAUUAUAUGUAUUCCUAAAGUUGAUGGGUUAUGCCAAAAUGAAUUCAUGUUGAUGUAAUUUGAAACAUCUUUAACAAGUUUACAAAAUUGUUAAAACGUCUAGAAAUAAUAUGUUAUAUAUUAUAAUAGAAAUUAACGUAACUGCUAAACGCGUUUUUAAAACAAAAGUUUCAUGUGAUCACGUAGAAUAAAAACUUACUAAGUACGAUGAACAUGCAUAGCAAAAUUACAACAUAGAUCGAAAGCGCAAAACAAGCACCUACCGGAUAAAUUUCCCUAAAGGAAUAUCGUGUACAGAUUGGGUAUACUAAGUAAUAAAUUAGUACUACUAAUUAUUUAGUAUUGAAAGCUAUCAGAAUUUGGGUUCAAUGAAAUUUAUUCGCUCUCACCAUCUAUGUUUCUAUUAAUAUAAAUGAGAGCUAAUUCACUAGAAAAAAAAUAAAAAAAAAUUUAUUAUAAUAAUAUUGAAACUAAAGCAUCCGAAGAAGUCCUACAAAUUUCCUUACUAGAGUCGAUAUUAAUCUGACUAUAAACACAAAACCUUUAUAAUUAUCGGGCAAAUGUAAGCGGCAAUAUGUUACAGAAGAUUCAACAUAAUAGUUAAAUAUAAAACGUGGGUUUAUCUUAAAUGUUGUUUGGCCAGAAUACAAGUAUUUUAAGAGUUUUGUGAAUAUAACAUUGAAAUAAAGUUGAAUUUUAACAAAUUUA